AUGAAUGUUCUCAAGUUGACGAGGAAGUUUCCUCAGUUUCCCCAGAACGAAAUCUUCCAACUGGCCGACGCAUUCCAGCGCCUCGAUGUCGACGACAAGGGUUACCUGGAGGAGGCAACCGCCAUCAAGGCCACGCAGCAGAGCGAGAACCAGCCGUACGAUGUUGUCAGACAGGCUCUAAAGGAAGUAGACCUAGACUCCUCACGUCGUGUAGAGCUCGAGGACUAUGUCGGACUCAUUGCGAGGCUUCGGGAUGCCUCGCCUGCACAGAGGCGUCUCUCUGCCGGACCGACCCCCACGAGCCCAGGUGUCGUCUCCCAACGCACUGGCGGCGGUCACGCUUCCAGGGGCAGCAUUGGCGGAAAGAUUCAUGUUCAGGGAUCGAGUGCCAACGUGACGCAUACGAUCAACGAGGACGAGCGAACAGAGUUCACCCGCCACAUCAAUGCAGUCCUCUCCGGCGACGCUGAUAUCGACAGUCGUCUCCCAUUCCCCACUGACACCUUCGAAAUGUUUGACGAGUGCAAGGACGGCUUGGUACUAGCCAAGCUCAUCAACGACAGUGUGCCAGACACCAUCGAUGAGCGAGUCCUGAACGUGCCCGGCAAGAAGAUCAAGAAGCUCAACGCCUUCCACAUGACUGAGAACAACAACAUCGUCAUUGAGUCGGCGAAGGGAAUCGGCUGUUCCGUUGUCAACAUCGGCGCCGGUGACAUCAUCGAGGUCCGCGAACAUCUCAUCCUCGGCCUCAUCUGGCAGAUCAUCCGACGCGGUCUCUUGGGAAAGAUAGACAUCAAGCUUCAUCCCGAGCUCUAUCGCCUCUUGGACGAAGACGAGACCCUCGAGCAGUUCCUGCGCCUGCCUCCGGAACAGAUCCUCCUGCGCUGGUUCAACUAUCAUCUCAAGGCUGCCAACUGGCCCCGAAGGGUGACCAACUUUUCCAACGACGUCAAGGACGGUGAGAACUACACCGUGCUCCUCUCCCAGAUUGGGCACGAACAUGGCUGCACGCGAAAGCCGCUUCAGACGAGCGAUUUGCACCAACGGGCCGAGGAGGUCCUUCGCGAGUCGGAAAAACUUCACUGCCGCAAAUUCUUGACGCCCAAGUCCUUGGUAGCCGGAAACCCGAAGCUCAACCUCGCCUUCGUCGCCAACUUGUUCAACACCCACCCCUGCCUGGAACCGAUCACGGAAGAGGAGAAGCUUGAGGUCGAGGACUUCGAUGCUGAGGGUGAGCGCGAGGCCCGAGUAUUCACCCUGUGGCUCAAUAGCCUCGACGUUCAACCCGCCGUCGUCUCCUUCUUCGAUGACUUGAAGGAUGGCACCGUUCUCCUGCAGGCCUACGACAAGGUCAUCAAGGGGUCCGUCAACUGGCGACACGUCAACAAGCCCCCGGCUCACGGCGGGGAGCUGUCGCGUUUCAAGGCGGUAGAGAACACGAAUUAUGCCAUCGAACUGGGCAAGCAGAAUGGCUUCUCCCUCGUCGGAAUUCAAGGUGCCGACAUCACCGAUGGCCAGAAGACCCUGACGCUCGGUCUAGUAUGGCAACUCAUGCGCCGGGAUAUCAGCAUAACCCUCUUCUCCCUUGCCCAGAAGCUCGGCAAGAAGGAGAUCACUGAUGCCGAGAUGGUCAAAUGGGCCAACGACAUGUCGAGGAAGGGAGGCCGCAACUCGGCCAUCCGCUCUUUCAAGGAUCCGUCCAUUGGCUCCGGAAUUUUUCUGCUAGAUGUCUUGAACGGAAUGAAGAGCAACUACGUCGACUACGACCUGGUCACGCCUGGCAGGACCGACGACGACGCAUAUCUGAACGCUAAGCUCAGCAUCAGCAUCGCGAGAAAGCUUGGAGCCACCAUCUGGCUCGUGCCGGAGGACAUCAGUCAAGUGCGCAGCCGCCUGGUUACGACCUUUAUUGGCUCCCUCAUGGCGACUCAUGAGAAGAUGUGA